AGCUCCUCGUAGAUCAAGCUCUUUUCAUCACUAUUUCCCGAUCAAGAUUUAGUGAAUACCCUGCUCUCGGGUGAUAGGAAUUCAGUUUAUUCUACUCGAGCUGUGGGUCGAGGCGAGAUAUACCAAACCGGAAGUCUAAAAUGACCCACUGGCCGAGUUCAAUCAGGAAUGUGCAUGUAACCUAUGCUGAGGCCAUCUCUGCAACGCGUUUAAGCGAAAUCUUUGGAAUGCAUUGAAAGAAGUAGCUGCUUUGAACUGCCGAACGUCGCCGGCACAUCAUCCCUUCCACUCGGCCUUUGCAGAGUUUCGUGACCAAGUUCGGUGCGCCUGCAGCAGCCACUCCACUCAAAGUUUUACCAGUGUAGUGGCGGCGAAGGCGACCGAUUGCAGGAGGGGACUGCACUGACGGGCGGGGCCGCGGGUGCCAAAGUGCCGCAACAACUUGCAGAAGGCGACGACCUCGUCGCUGGAAAAUCACGUUCGUCCACAUCGUCAACGCAGCCGGGGCUCGGUCUGCUCGACACUCACUGCAGACCUCAGUGCCGCAACAAUGGACCAAUCGCUGCUGCUGGCCCUGCCGGACGACGCGCUGCUGGCCGUGCUGGCGUUCCUGCCGCCGAGACAGCUCUUCGACUGCCGCGUGCUGUGCCGCCGCCUCCGUGAUCUGUGUCUCCACCGCGACCUGUGGCGCCGCGUCCGAGUGGCGUGCCCAUUGAAACACCGUGGUCUGUGCCGCAGUGCCCUCCGGCUCGCACCCUGCCUCCGCGAACUGGACAUCAGUGGGAUUGACCUUGAGGAUGCUGCCAGCGAAGUGUCCCGCACCUCGUGUGUCGUCGCUAAACUUGAGCUAUCUGUCGAAGCCACACACGUAAUGACUUUUGCCACGGCUAUAGUGGAAAAGGCAUCUGCUCUCGGUGGCCUUAAAGAACUGGUCCUAAGUAUCUGGGUUGAGGAAGGCGUCGUGGAUGUGAAUGGGCUCUUGGGGGCAAUGUACAAGGCAGACCGUCUCCGCAAAUUGACAAUCGAAGGCCCAUGCCGGGUGGCUUCAAUAAAUGGCCUGGAGAAGAGCCCGUCCCUUACCGAGCUCACAUGUCUGUACCGUCCACCUCAUGACGCUUUAGUAGAACAUCUACUGGAGGCACACGCCGCCACCCUCGAACGUGUCGUUUUCGAGUGGUCCGUGCUUCCCGUGUCUGCUUUGUUAAUGCUGCCCAGGCUACGUUCCUUCGGGUGUGGGAUAUGCGAAGAAGACGUCUUAGGACUUCCGGAAUUCCUGCGUGCGGCGUCGCAGCUCCGCUCUGUGUCUCUUGCUCCAAGUCCCUACAGGUUCAGGAUAGAUGCUGAUAUCAUACCUGCUCUGGCUGCAUCACCCUCUGCCCGUGUCUUAGAAACCCUUGAACUGCAUGUCCCAAACGAAAAAACAGUCUUCUGGCGUAAGGUAGCUGCCGCCGUACCUCAGUUCACAGCUCUACGGACUCUCUCCCUGAAGUUCGAUCCAUUCGAUUUGCCGCAUCCUGAACCCUGCUUCGAUUUGAUGCGGGCGCUGAACCCAACAACUGUCCCUAGCCUCACCACGCUGGAGAUGCUCGACUUACCCACACCCACAGCGGCCUUUUGCGUCCACGCCUGGAUGCACGACCCCGCCGUUGAAGAACUUCCGAGGAGGAACCCUCGUCUCCAUCUCCGCCUGAGGCUAAUUUUUUUGGACUAUGAAAAUUGCACGUGCACCUGGUGCAAUGAAAAGUGCCACUCUGAUAUUCGUUGGAGAUUCGAGGGCUGCGUCGCGUUCGCGGCGCACUCCAGGGAGGCCUACUGCCCGUACCCGAGUGAAUGCUCCAGUUGGCCAUGAUUUGGUUUUUGGUUUGAAAUAACUGGCGUUUAUAUUUAUUUAGACAGCCUUUUUAAUUGUGUUUACCAGUUGCUCUGUGUUCUUUAACCGACAACUGUAUAUAUCUUCCUGUUCAAAAUUGUUCUAUAAAACAGGUGUGCCUAUGAUGGAGUUCGGAAGGUGUGAUUAAAUAGUAAUCGAACUCAUGGAUUUUCGUUUUUGUACUUACUAUUUGUGUCGAAGUUAAACGUUUGGCCCCAGAUUUCUUCGCCAAGACUUUUCUAAUAACUCCUAUGCAUGUUAAUUCUGGAAAUUCUCUUCACCACAAUAAAGACGUGUUUUUGAA